UCCGUCGAGCCAGCCACUGCCUGGAGUCAGCCAGCCUCAUCAGACUUCUGCAGGCAAUCGCGACGCAGCUACCCAGUCCUGCCACGGUCUCUCCAGGCGCACCGGCAGCCCCAGCGUUUUCACCGGACUCAGCGUCCUUGUCUUCACCUUUGCCACCCCUCCCGGCUACUGAGCCCCAGUGCACACAGGUUCCCUGUUGGACACAAAGGCUCCACCAUGGAGCUCGUCCGGGGACUAGGUGUCCUGUUCCUGUUACAUUUGUGUGGAAGUAACCGCAUUCCAGAGUCUGGGGGAGACAACGGCGUGUUUGACAUUUUUGAACUCAUUGGAGGUGCCCGCAAGGGCCCUGGUCGCCGACUGGUGAAGGGCCAAGAUUUAUCUAGCCCCGCCUUCCGGAUUGAGAAUGCCAACUUGAUCCCCGCUGUGCCAGAUGACAAGUUCCAAGACCUAUUGGACGCUGUGUGGGCCGACAAAGGCUUCAUCUUCCUGGCUUCCUUGAGGCAGCUGAAGAAGACUCGGGGCACACUCCUGGCCGUGGAACGGAAAGACAAUACUGGCCAGAUCUUCAGUGUGGUCUCCAAUGGCAAAGCAGGCACCCUGGACCUGAGUCUGAGCCUGCCAGGGAAGCAGCAAGUGGUAUCAGUGGAGGAAGCUCUCCUGGCCACUGGCCAGUGGAAGAGCAUCACACUGUUUGUUCAAGAAGACCGGGCCCAGCUCUACAUCGACUGUGAGAAGAUGGAGAGCGCAGAGCUGGAUGUUCCCAUCCAGAGCAUCUUCACCAGGGAUUUGGCCAGGUUUGCCAGGCUCCGCAUUGCAAAGGGAGAUGUCAAUGACAACUUUCAGGGGGUGCUGCAGAAUGUGAGGUUUGUCUUUGGAACCACCCCAGAAGACAUUCUCAGGAACAAAGGCUGCUCCAGCUCAGCUACCAAUGUCCUCCUCACCCUUGACAACAACGUGGUGAACGGUUCUAGCCCAGCUAUCCGUACCAACUACAUUGGCCACAAAACAAAGGACCUCCAAGCCAUCUGUGGCCUCUCCUGUGACGAACUAUCCAGCAUGGUCCUGGAACUGAGGGGCCUGCGCACCAUUGUGACCACACUACAGGACAGCAUCCGCAAAGUGACCGAAGAGAACCGAGAACUAGCUAGUGAGCUGAGGCGGCCUCCCCUCUGCUUUCACAAUGGAGUCCAGUACAGGAAUAACGAGGAGUGGACUGUGGAUAGUUGCACAGAGUGUCACUGCCAGAACUCUGUUACCAUCUGCAAAAAGGUGUCCUGCCCCAUCAUGCCCUGUUCCAACGCCACGGUUCCUGAUGGUGAAUGCUGCCCACGGUGCUGGCCCAGCGACUCUGCUGACGAUGGCUGGUCUCCCUGGUCUGAAUGGACUUCGUGCUCUGCCACAUGUGGCAAUGGGAUUCAGCAGCGUGGCCGCUCCUGUGACAGCCUCAAUAACAGAUGUGAGGGCUCUUCGGUACAGACGAGGACCUGCCACAUUCAGGAGUGCGACAAAAGAUUUAAACAGGACGGUGGCUGGAGUCACUGGUCCCCGUGGUCAUCCUGUUCUGUGACCUGUGGUGACGGUGUGAUCACAAGGAUCCGGCUCUGCAACUCCCCCAGCCCCCAGAUGAACGGGAAGCCCUGUGAAGGUGAAGCUCGGGAGACCAAAGCCUGCAAGAAAGACGCCUGCCCAAUCAAUGGAGGCUGGGGUCCCUGGUCACCAUGGGACAUCUGCUCUGUCACCUGUGGAGGAGGAGUGCAGAGACGUAGCCGACUCUGUAACAACCCCACACCCCAGUUUGGAGGCAAAGACUGUGUUGGUGAUGUGACAGAAAAUCAAGUUUGCAACAAGCAAGAAUGUCCGAUUGAUGGAUGCCUGUCCAAUCCCUGCUUUGCUGGUGCCAAGUGCACUAGCUAUCCUGAUGGUAGCUGGAAAUGUGGUGCAUGUCCUCCUGGCUACAGUGGAAAUGGCAUCCAGUGCAAAGACGUCGAUGAGUGCAAAGAAGUGCCUGAUGCUUGCUUCAAUCACAACGGAGAACAUCGGUGCAAGAACACAGAUCCUGGCUACAACUGCCUGCCCUGCCCACCACGAUUCACCGGCUCACAGCCCUUCGGCCGAGGUGUCGAACACGCCAUGGCCAACAAACAGGUGUGCAAACCCCGAAACCCCUGCACGGAUGGGACGCACGAUUGCAACAAGAACGCCAAGUGCAACUACCUGGGUCACUACAGCGACCCCAUGUACCGCUGCGAGUGCAAGCCUGGCUACGCAGGCAAUGGCAUCAUCUGUGGAGAGGACACAGACCUCGACGGCUGGCCUAAUGAAAACCUGGUGUGUGUGGCCAACGCAACUUACCACUGCAAAAAGGACAACUGCCCUAACCUUCCCAACUCAGGCCAGGAAGAUUAUGACAAGGAUGGGAUUGGCGAUGCCUGUGAUGACGAUGAUGACAAUGACAAGAUCCCCGAUGACAGGGACAACUGUCCAUUCCAUUACAACCCAGCCCAGUAUGACUAUGACAGAGAUGAUGUGGGAGACCGCUGUGACAAUUGCCCCUACAACCACAACCCUGACCAAGCAGACACAGACAACAAUGGAGAGGGAGAUGCCUGCGCUGUGGACAUCGAUGGAGAUGGGAUCCUCAAUGAACGAGACAACUGCCAGUACGUUUACAACGUGGACCAGAGGGACACAGACAUGGAUGGGGUUGGAGAUCAGUGUGACAACUGCCCCCUGGAACACAAUCCAGACCAGCUGGACUCUGAUUCAGACCGCAUAGGAGAUACCUGUGACAACAACCAGGACAUCGAUGAAGAUGGCCAUCAGAACAAUCUGGACAACUGUCCCUAUGUGCCUAAUGCCAACCAGGCUGACCAUGAUAAAGAUGGCAAAGGCGAUGCCUGUGACCAUGACGAUGACAACGAUGGAGUCCCUGAUGACAAAGACAACUGCAGGCUGGUGCCCAAUCCUGACCAGAAGGACUCGGAUGGUGAUGGCCGAGGUGAUGCCUGCAAAGAUGACUUUGACCAUGACAAUGUGCCAGACAUUGAUGACAUCUGUCCUGAGAAUGUUGACAUCAGUGAAACCGAUUUCCGCCGAUUCCAGAUGAUUCCUCUAGAUCCCAAAGGAACCUCCCAAAAUGACCCUAACUGGGUUGUACGCCAUCAGGGCAAAGAACUUGUCCAGACUGUAAACUGUGACCCUGGACUUGCUGUAGGUUAUGAUGAGUUUAAUGCCGUGGACUUCAGCGGUACCUUCUUCAUCAACACUGAGAGGGAUGAUGACUACGCUGGCUUUGUUUUUGGCUACCAGUCCAGCAGCCGCUUCUACGUUGUGAUGUGGAAACAAGUCACCCAGUCCUACUGGGACACCAACCCCACAAGGGCUCAGGGAUACUCAGGCCUGUCUGUAAAGGUUGUGAACUCCACCACUGGACCUGGCGAGCACCUGCGGAAUGCACUGUGGCACACAGGAAACACCCCUGGCCAGGUGCGCACCCUGUGGCAUGACCCUCGUCACAUAGGUUGGAAAGAUUUCACUGCGUACAGAUGGCGUCUCAGCCACAGGCCAAAGACCGGUUUUAUCAGAGUGGUGAUGUAUGAAGGAAAGAAAAUCAUGGCUGACUCAGGACCCAUCUAUGACAAAACCUAUGCUGGCGGUAGACUAGGCCUGUUCGUCUUCUCUCAAGAAAUGGUGUUCUUCUCAGACAUGAAAUACGAGUGUCGAGAUUCCUAAUCGUCAGCUGCCGAUCACAACCAGCGCUGGCAUUGCACCUUCUGCAACCAAGGGCUAGAGAAAACCCCUGCCAGGAUUGCUUCUCUUCGCCUUCCUUGCCUCUGUUCUUGCAUAGUGUGGACUUCUAGAGCUAUGACCUGCCUCAAGAAAAUGCAGUUUUCAAACCCAGACUCAGCACUCGGCCUUCAACGAAUGAGAAUGCAUCUUCCAAGAACAUGAAGAAGUACUUUGGUUUGCUUUUGGGAAAGCAAAAAGCAACAAUUUACUUCCCAUUGGGAAGGUGCCCACUCCACUCUGCCUUACUCACAGAGCCAGAACUUCGGCGAGGCCAUCUCUGAACAGCAUACACAGAAGCAUUUUCAGGCAUGUCAAAGAAAAAAAAAUGACUCACUAGAACUCACGGCCAAACCACCUCUGACAUAGGUCCUCAGGUGUGGGGAGGCAGGAGCCAAAGCGCUAGGGAGAGCAUAUACCCAAGAGAUGAUUGUAGGACGAAAAUAUGGAGGAGCUGUUACUUGUUCGGUACUAAAUCAUUUUCAGGGGACAGAAAGACUUGUUGCAUUUCCUCCCGCUGCCCGUGAGAGCUGAUUGACCCAGUCUUCCACACGGGCACUUGAGGAAGCAGGGAAGGGAGGGAAGUCCUGGUUUUUGGACUUCCUCCCCUUGGGUGCUUCUCACCUGCAGUGGCCAGAGUAGGGGUCAGAAGUGUGGGCCGUGCUGGCUGCCCUUGGCUGGUCACGCUGAAACUGUUGGUUUAUUCUGCAUGUACAACAUGCGUAUGUAUUGGGAGAGCAAGAGAACCCUACCAUCUCAGUGAGCUCUAGCUGCCUCUGCAGGAGGGGCAGUUCGCCUUUACUUUACGGUUAGAAAGGCACAAAAUUUCUAUCAACCUAACUAAAACAUUCCUUUUCUUUCUUUCUUUCUCCCUUCCCCCCCCCAAUUACCAUGGAGUUUUCCAAUUCUCUUCUGGUUUUUGUUUAACAAACGCUUUAACAAUGUAAUAUAUUUAUUUUUUUCCCUAUUCUGGAGGAUUCGUCUGAAGGAUUGUUACUGAAACAGGAAGCGUGGGACUAUCUCAAUCAUCUUCAUAGUGAGUCUUUAUGACUGUAAGAUUGUAAAUACAGAUUAUUUAUUAACCCUGUUCUACCUGGAAUUAGACUGCAUAUAGCAAAUGUUUGCAAGCAGGUAGCUGAGGUGGACCAGCAAAUCUCUCCAAAACCAGUGUGUGGAAAGCCAGCAGAAGCUGCUGCUUUUCACUUUGGGGCUUAGAGUGAAUGAUUUGGACUCCUUUGGCUUCUCCCCUUUGUUUUCUCUGUCUCUUCAAGUGGAAUUAGGAGGCUGCCCAUUUGCAUUUGCAUCUCCUUGUAAAGGAAGCCAUGAGCACUCUAAGGCUAGCCCACACCACCCCUUGUGCCUAUUUCCAGGAAGAAGAAAAUACAAUCACCUUUUUUUUUUUCAUUUUCCCAAAAGAGACAAAGGUGGAACUUAUAUACAAAUAUUACCUCAUUUGUUGUGUGACUGAGUAAAGAAUUUUGGAUCAAGAAAGAGUUUAAGUGUCAAUAAACUUAAAACUACUGUUGUGUCUAAAAAGUUGGUGUUGUACAUAGCGUAAAAAUCCUUUGCAGAGGAUGAUCCCAAUAAAGAAAUAGCUUUGAAAUGUUAAGUACAACUUCUCAAAGUUCUGGUUUUGUUCUAUCAUCUUGUACACCAUUGCUUUUAUUUUUAUAAAUUAUUUUCUCAUUGCCAUCAGAAUAGAGAUCUCAGACUAUGUAGAUACGCUAUUUAAAUAAUUUAUCGGGAAAUACUGCCUGUAGAGUUAGUAUUUCUGUUUUUUAUAUGUUGCACACUGAAUUGAAGAAAUGUUGGUUUUUCUUGUUUUGUUUUAGUUUGUUUCUUUGCUUUCGUUUUUGUUUUUGCUUUCUACUUCCCAGUUUUGACUAUUUGCCAAUACCCUUUUUCCUAGGAACGUGCUUUUUUUUGUACACAUUUUUAUCCAUUUUACAUUCUAAAGCAGUGUAACUUGUAUAUUACUGUUUCUUAUGUACAAGGAACAACAAUAAAUCAUAUGGAAGUUUAUAUUUAUA